GCACCAAUUUCUUAUUUCCAGUUGUUCUUCUUCGUCCGCCUUUCCCCUUGGAGAAUAAGUAGAGCCUAAAUGCAUUUUUUUUCGCUAAAUGCAUUGAACGAUGUCUCAAUCUCUUCUACUUGUUCUUCUUCGAUGAACAGUAGGGCAGAAAGUUGCAAUUUUCUAUCUAGCGUUGAAGCCUCUGGUAGAAGGACUUUGAGUGCUCUCCAACAAUCUAAUCCAUCUCUCUGUCUCGCCUCUUUUUUCCCCUUUCGCCGGAACAGAGGUGGAGAUAUGUUGAGCCAUCGGCCUCUAUCAAGGAUUUGUUAGCUGCUGCGAGGAGUCUUAAAGAAUGUUGGAGAAUAUGGAGCAAUUCGAUUACGAGAAGGUGAUAGAAGAAUUCGAAGAACUGACAAAGGAUGUUGGGAGGGUUCAGAUAGAAACUCUUAAAUGGAUCCUAGAAGAAAAUCGAGAGGCGGAAUACCUGCAGAAUCUGGGCCUCAACGGAAGGACCGACCCCGAGAGUUUCAAGGCUUGUGUUCCACUGGUCACUCACAAGGAUUUAGAAUCCUAUAUUCAAAGAAUCGCAGAUGGCGAUGAUUCCCCUAUUCUCACAGGAAAACCCAUAACGACUAUCUCACUCAGUUCUGGCACCACCCAGGGAAGACCUAAGUUCGUUCCCUUCAACGAAGAAUUGAUGAGAACCACAAUACGUAUAUACGAGACGUCAUUUGCUUUCAGAAACAGAGAGUUCCCCGUUGGAAAUGGAAAGGCUCUACAGUUGAUCUACAGCAGCAAACAAUUCAAAACGAAAGGGGGUCUUGCAGCAGGCACCGCCACAACAAAUGUCUUUCGAAGCCAACAGUUCAAGAAGACACUCGAGUCAAUACGAUCCCAAUGUUGCAGCCCCGAUGAAGUCAUAUUCGGCCCGGACUUUCACCAAUCCUUGUACUGCCACCUUCUAUGUGGACUUAUCUACCGGGAUGAAGUGGAGCUUGUGUCUUCCACCUUCGCCCACAGCAUUGUGUUUGCAUUCCGAACGUUUGAGCAAGUGUGGGAGGAACUCUGUGAUGAUAUCAGAACCGGGGUUCUUAGCAACCGCAUCGCCGUUCCUUCUAUCCGAACUGCUCUGUCGAAACUUCUCAAGCCCAACCCUGAACUGGCGGAUUUGAUACACAACAAAUGCUCGGGAUUGAGCAAUUGGUAUGGCUUAAUUCCAGAGCUUUUCCCAAAUGUUAAGUACAUCUAUGGGAUCAUGACUGGGUCCAUGGAGCCUUAUUUGAAGAAGUUAAGACAUUACGCCGGGGGAUUGCCCCUGCUGAGCUCUGAUUAUGGGUCUUCUGAAGGGUGGAUCGCGGCAAAUGUCAAUCCGAGAUUGCCUCCUGAGUCGGCUACCUUUGCGGUGCUUCCUGAUAUCGGGUAUUUCGAAUUUAUUCCUCUCAGGGAGAAGGAGGAUCAGAGCCUGGAUAUUACUGCUGUUAGCUACUCUUUUACAGAAGCGGAGCCCAUCGGCCUGGCCGAAGUGAAGAUUGGGGAAGAGUAUGAGAUCAUCCUCACCAAUUUCGCAGGUCUAUACCGUUACAGGCUUGGGGACGUGGUCAAGGUAGUGGGCUUCCACAAUUCUACACCAGAGCUCCAAUUUGUAUGCCGGAGGAAUCUGCUACUAAACAUCAACAUCGAUAAGAACACAGAGAAAGACUUGCAGCUAGCAGUUGAAACUGCUGGGAAACUGUUGUUGGAGGAAAAGGUAGAGGUAAUCGACUUCACCAGCCAUGUGGACUUAUCAACAGACCCAGGACACUAUGUUAUCUUCUGGGAGUUGAGCAACGGGGUCAGCGAUGCGCAAAUCCUAAAUGAAUGUUGCAACUGUUUGGAUCGAUCCUUUGUAGAUGCAGGAUAUGUUAGCUCCCGGAAGGUGAAUGGAAUAGGGGCGCUUGAGCUCCGUGUGGUGAGGAGGGGAACCUUCCAGAAAAUUCUUGAUCAUUACCUGGGCCUUGGAUCUGCUGUCAGCCAGUUCAAGACCCCACGAUGUGUGGGCCAAUCCAACAACACCGUGUUGCAGAUCUUGUGUAACAAUGUGGUCAACAAGUAUUUCAGCACUGCUUUUUGUUGAAAUUUCAAAUUCCAUGUCAUAAACUUUGUUAUUGUUGUGGCAAUGAAUUUCUUCUCUAUAUAUGUAGUCCCCACUCGCCAGUACUUGAGCCCAAAACUCAAGGUCUGGGUUGGCUGAUUCAAUUCCUUA